GAGAGUUCGAGCGAGAGUGCAGGAGGAAAAAAAGGGAAAAAAUUGCACCAUAUUUACAUAUUAGCCCUCGGGGCUCAGAAGCGUCCGUAAAUGCAUGGAGUUGAGUGUGACACACUGUGACACCUUGGCAACCGCAGAACUCUCAGAGAGGACCACUGGACCAAUCAAUCUCAACUCUCUUUCUCUCCACGGACUGCAGCUGCAACAGGCUAGGUAAACAAGACCCCGAACUGCGAUGCCAUCAAACAAAUGCCCGUCCACCAUCAUGGUGGAGAGUGACAAGAUGACGGCGACGGCUGCUGUGAAUGGAGACAUGUCUUCAGUGGAGGGUUUGUUGGAAAACGACAGUGGCCUCGUGAUGACCAACGAGAACAGCCCGCUGACGGCCGCUGAACCCCCGUCACCCUUCAGCCCCAAGCAGAGCGGUGGAGCUGCGUCCCCCCCGGAUACAAACAUGAACCAGCUGUCAGGUGGCAGGAAGAGAACCCGGAAGCGCUCGGAGACGGAGGACGAGUGUGUCUGGGACUCCUCCUACGGCGAGGAGGACAAGUUGCGGGUUGGAGCAGGCUGCGAGGUAGGCCUGAGACAGAGACCUCCUCCCAGAACCAUCUUCCAGGCAGGCCUGACGCCGCACAGCAAGCCCCGCAGCCGAGACCGAGGCAGACAGGGCAAGCAGGAACGCGGCAGUCCCUUGAGCCACGCCAGCAGCAGUCCCUGUCUCUUGGCCCCUCGAGUGCUGGAGGGCCCAUCCCUGGAGUUGGUGGAGCAGGACUCCCAGGACUCAGCACAAAGCAGUGGCACAUCUACCUCCCUGGCCUCUGCCGAGACCGCCAGUCAGCCCGAGUACAAGGACAACAAAGGCUUUGGCAUCGGUGAGCUGGUGUGGGGUAAGAUCAAGGGCUUCUCUUGGUGGCCGGGCAUGGUGGUGACCUGGCGCGCCACAGGCAAGCGGCAGGCCUCCCACGGCAUGAGGUGGCUGCAGUGGUUCGGGGACGGCAAGUUCUCCGAGGUUUCUGCUGACAAGUUGGACUCCUUCACAGCUUUCCCGAAGUUCUUUAACCAGGCCUCCUACACCAAGCUUGCCUCUUACCGGAGAGCAAUAUUCCAGGCACUAGAGAUGGCCAGCCUGCGUGCAGAGAAGACCUUCCCAGUGUGUGAGUCAGACAGCCCUGAGGACCAGGUGAAGCCCAUGCUGGACUGGGCCAAUGGAGGCUUCCUGCCCAAAGGCUCUGAGGGGCUCAAACCCACAGAGAACAGCGAGAAUGGUUCCCUGAAUCACCAGGUCCUGGAUGUCAGUCUGUCUGAGUAUUUCCCCACACCCAAGAGGCUGAAGCCCAGCGUGUGCAAGACCAAGCAGGGCACUGAAGAUGUCUACAGCAGAGAACAAAUGGUCCAUGAAGUAUUGAAGAACAACAGAAGCAUAGAAGAAUUUUGCCUCUCUUGUGGGAAAGCAAGAGCAGCAACUUUUCACCCACUAUUUGAAGGAGGCCUUUGCCAAACAUGCAAGGAUGUGUAUUUAGAGAUCUCCUACAUGUAUGACGAUGAUGGAUAUCAGUCUUACUGCACUGUGUGCUGUGGGGGCCGGGAGGUGCUUCUGUGUGGGAACGUCAACUGCUGCAGGUGUUUCUGUGUGGACUGCCUGGACAUCCUGGUGGGUGCAGGGGCUUCGGAGAGCGCGAAGGUGCUGGACCCCUGGCGAUGUUACAUGUGCCAGCCCGCCGUGCAGUGCGGCGUGCUCAAGCGCCGGCACGACUGGAGCAUCAAACUGCAGGAGUUCUUUGUCAAUGACAAAGGGCAGGAGUUUGAAAGCCCCAAAAUCUACCCAGCAGUCCCGGCAGAGCAGAGACGCCCCAUCCGUGUGCUGUCACUGUUCGACGGCAUCGCCACCGGAUAUCUUGUGUUGAGAGACCUGGGUUUCAAGGUGGACCAGUACAUUGCAUCCGAGGUGUGUGAAGACUCCAUCUCAGUUGGAGCUGUCCGACAUGAAGGAAAAAUCCAUUAUGUGCACGAUGUGCGAAACAUCACCAGAAAGGAUAUUGCAGAAUGGGGGCCAUUUGACCUGGUGAUUGGUGGAAGCCCAUGCAAUGACCUCUCUAUUGUGAACCCAGCCAGAAAAGGCCUGUAUGAAGGCACAGGGAGGCUGUUCUUCGAAUUCUACCGGCUCCUGAGCGAGGCCAAGCCCAAAGAAGGGGAGGACCGCCCCUUCUUUUGGAUGUUUGAAAACGUGGUUGCCAUGGGUGUCAAUGACAAGAGAGAUAUCUCCCGCUUCCUGGAGUGCAAUCCUGUGAUGAUUGAUGCCAUCGAGGUGUCGGCUGCACACAGGGCCCGCUACUUUUGGGGGAACCUGCCUGGAAUGAACAGGCCACUGUGUGCCUCAGGAAUGGACAAACUGGAGCUGCAGGACUGCCUGGAGCAUGGGCGUGUAGCAAAGUUUGGAAAGGUGCGCACCAUCACCACGCGGUCCAACUCCAUCAAGCAGGGCAAAGACCAGCACUUCCCUGUAAUGAUGAAUGGGAAAGAGGACAUCCUUUGGUGUACAGAGCUUGAGAGGAUUUUUGGAUUCCCAGUGCAUUACACAGAUGUAUCCAACAUGGGUCGUGGUGCUAGACAGAAGCUCCUAGGUCGGUCCUGGAGUGUACCUGUGAUUCGACAUCUGUUCGCCCCACUCAAGGACUACUUCGCUUGUGAAUAACCCCUGCCAAGGACAUGUGCCCCCAUCUGGCUCACUUGCAGAAUGCAAAGGGUGAAGAACAAGUUCUUCUUGCGUGUACUCUGAGCACAGCAGGGCUUCGUCCCAAAUAUUAGACACAGGGCAUUGAGCUGAGAGGCAUUCUUCUCCUUUAACUGAACAAGCUGUUGCAAUGCUGUCGUUUUAUUGGUUAAAGCCAGCGGUAUUGCCUGCUGGUGGCUUUAAACUCCAACAUACUCAAUGAUUUAACAUCAAAAUUCAGAGACAUCCUAGACUGCGCUUUAGAAAGAUACUUCAGGCAUACACCCUGACUUAAAGGAGAACACCAGUCACAAAUUUCAAUGAUUUGUAUGUAUUAAGUACUUGCAUGGAUGGUUGAGCUAUUUGAAUUCUGAACCAGAAUCACCAGUCGUGUAAACUCAGAACACAACCCUCCUCUUCCAGUCAAUACAAACUAGCCUGAGCAUUUCAUCUGAGUGAACAAA